CGCAGCUCGGGAGCGUGCUAGCUCCGGAGCAGGAGCGCGAGACGCAGCCGAGGAGACGACGAUGUGGCCGCUCCCCACGCACAUCUGCGACCCCCUCUCGGCCCAGUAGGCGCGCCGCCAAGCUCGGUCUGUCUGGCCGCCGCGCACGCCAUCCGCCUCCUCCUCCUCCUCCUCUUCCUCCUCGCGGCGGUGUAACGACACGGUAACGCGGCGCCGCUGCGCGCACAUGAGCUGAGCCGUCCGGGACCGCGGCCCUGCAGCAGCUCCAGGCCGCGUCCACUCGUCAUGACAGGUGAGAAGAUCCGCGCCCUGCGGAAGGAGCACAACCGAAGCCGCAGGCAUGACGCGGACAUCAUGGACACGUACGAGGACGCGCGUCACCUCAAGUCCAACCAGGCGUAUUGCCAGCGCGCGGCGCGGCAGCAGCAGCAGCAGCAGCAGCUGAACGCCGACAACAUCAACGGGAACCCGCCGCUGCUCCGCGACGACAACAGGAACCCCGUCAUCCUGAGUGCGGCGCCGCGGGACUUCCCCGUGCACCAGUGCGUGUUCCAGGGCGACGUCCGGAGGCUGUCCUCGCUCAUCAGGAGCCACAGCAUCAGCCAGAAAGAUGUCCACGGAAACACGCCUCUGCACCUGGCCGUGAUGCUGGGACACAAAGAGUGUGCUCUGCUGCUGCUGGCCCACAACGCACCGGUCAAGAUGAAGAACGCGCAGGGCUGGAGUCCCCUGGCCGAAGCCAUCAGCUACGGAGACCGGCAGAUGAUCACGGCCAUUCUGCGGAAGCUGAAGCAGCAGUCCAGAGAGAGCGUGGAGGACAAGAGGCCCAAGCUGCUGAAGGCUCUGCGAGAGCUGGGCGACUUCUACCUGGAGCUGCACUGGGACUUCCAGAGCUGGGUGCCGCUGCUGUCCCGCAUGCUGCCGUCCGACGCCUGCAAGAUCUACAAGCAGGGCAUCAACAUCAGGCUGGACACCACCCUCAUCGACUUCUCAGACAUGAAGUGUCAGCGAGGAGAUCUCAGCUUCGUCUUCAGCGGGGACUCCGCCCCGUCCCAGUCCUUCGUGGUGCUGGACAACGAGGCCAGGGUUUACCAGAGAAUCCACCACGAGGAGUCAGAGGUGGAGACUGAGGAGGAGGUGGACAUCCUGAUGAGCAGCGACAUCUACUCGGCCACCUUGUCCACCAAGUCCAUCACGUUCUCUCGGAGCCAGGUCGGCUGGCUCUUCAGGGAGGACAAGACGGAGCGGGUGGGGAACUUCCUGGCCGAUUUCUACGCCGUCAACGGGCUGGUGCUGGAGUCCAGGAAGCGGCGCGAGCACCUGAGCGAGGAGGACAUCCUGAGGAACAAGGCCAUCAUGGAGAGCCUGAGCAAAGGAGGCGGCAUCAGCGAACACAGCUUUGAGCCCGUGAGGAGGCAGUCGCUGAGCGCCCCCGUCCCCAACACCGUCUCCUGGGAGGAGUACAUCAGCGCGGAGCAGGGGAAGCCGCCGCACCUGGGCAGGGAGCUGCUGUGCAAGGAGAGCAAGAAGAACUUCAAAGCCACGGUGGCCAUGAGCCAGGACUUCCCUCUGGGCGUCGAGUCGCUCCUGAACGUGCUGGAGGUCGUGGCCCCCUUCAAGCACUUCAACAAGCUCAGGGAGUUUGUCCAGAUGAAGCUUCCGCCUGGAUUUCCAGUCAAGCUGGACAUCCCAGUCUUCCCCACCAUCACAGCCACCGUCACCUUCCAGGAAUUCCGCUACGACACCUUCGAGGAUUCCAUCUUCCACAUCCCUGCCGAGUACAAGGAGGACCCGAGCCGCUUCCCUGACCUCUGACCUGAGCAGGCUCCCUCUGUCGUCCCCCUGGAUGCAUCUGUGUGUGUGUGUACGUCCGUCCGUCUCAAAGGGAAGCGCUUCUGUUGUCUCACCUGGAGCAGGGAAACGUGCUGCUGCUGCUGCGACGUCAGCGCCUUCAACACCUGCUCCUCACUGUAAAUACUUGGACACCAUCCCAGCACCGAGCGGAAUAUUCGUUGAUAAAGUUCUAUAUCAAUAAGUAUAUACACUGUGUAGCAAUACGUUUCAGUCCACACGAAUGUUUCCAGCCGCUGGGUGGAGGUUCGCUUCAGAUCCACGACAGACGGUACGCGAGCCUUUCCCCCGGUGCUGCGGCAUCUUCAGGUUUAGCUCAUCUUACCUCUCGACGCUCUCCACGUUUGCCGUGAUCUUCUGUGCGUGUGUGGGGGGUGUUACUGUGGCGUCACUACAUUUGUUGGGGCGUGUGAAAACGUGUUUCCGUUGAAGAAGGAAGUGUAGCGCUGUAUGAUGUUGUCCGCGGAGGAAGCUGUGAAGUGUCUGGACCACGUUGACCAGGCUCGACUGACAUGUACCGCAGGCUUCACCUCCCUUUAAUAAAGCACCAGCAUCCUGUUUGAGCCUCGGCCCGGCUCUCUCAGACCUCACACAACCACAGACCCGCCGUCAUUUUCCAAACUGGUUUUAUUGUAUAAAAGAAAGCCAAGCUAAAACACUUUAAACAAGGGGUUUAAUUUAGAAGCCGAACACAAACAGCAGCCCGAGCGACAGGAAACACUGGCAGAGGCGGGGAUCAAAGAAACGAGCGGCGGAAGCAAAGCGCUUCCUGUUGACGGGGAAAGACCAGCUCCUGAUCCGGUACUUAAAAACAACUAAGGAAAGGUGGGACGGACGGUGGCGCGGCCCCUCAGUCGCUGACCUCCAUGUCGUCCUCCUGGUGAUGCUCCUCGCCGUUGACCUUAGCCUGGUGCUUGGAGCGCGGCUUGCCGUUCCCCUCGGGAGAGAAGGCCGACUCCUCGCCGUACUUCCUUUCCCGCUCGUGUUCGCUGUUGUAGCCCUGUUCCUCCUCGUCGUAAUCCCUGGUGAUCUGCGGGCAGCAGGAGCGGCUCAGUGACCGGAGCGUGGCGGCGGCGACCAACCAACCUUUGAGUCGCCCUUGUCGCCGUCCGACUUCCUCUCGCGCUCGCGGUCCUUGUCUUUGCUCUUCUUCUUCUUGCUGCUGGAGCGCUCGCGCUCUUCGCGGCCGCGCUCUUUCUCGCUCCGCCGCUCGCGCUCCUUCUCCCUCUUCUUCUCCUUCUUAUGUCUGCUCAGGACACAGAAGAGGCACUGAGGCUGCAGCAAACCACCACAAGCUUCCGGCGUCUCGGGGGCCAAACCUGCGAGGAGACGGCGAGCGGGAGCUCCUCCUCUUGGGGGACUUUUUGGGCGACCUGCUGGCGCUGCGACUCUUCCUGCGCCUCCUGUGAAGCCCAGACAGACAGAGAGAGAGAGCGUGAGUCCGGGGCGAGAGGCGAGCGCCGCGAGGCUGGGGAGCGCGCCACCCACCGGCUGGCGCUGCUGGACCUCCGGGUCGUGCUGUAGCUCUUCGGGGGGGUCUUGGACUUCCUCCGGGAGGACUCCUCCUUCUUCCUGGACCUGCUCCUGGAGCGCCGGCCUCGCUCUCUGGACGGCUCCCGUCUCCGGCGCGGACUCUUGGAGCGCCUCCGGCUCCUGGACGAGGAGCGGCGCCGCGACCUGCUGUUGCUCCUCCUGAGGGCGGCCACAGAACCACUGAAGCGGGCCCCGCUCUCCGGCGGCCCCAGGCCACGCCAGCGGCACUCACCUGUGUCGAGAUCGAGACCUGGACCUCCUCCGCCGAGACCUGGACCUGGACCGCUUGCUCCGGCUCUCCUUGCCUGGCGGACGGAAGCGACAGAGUCAGCAGAGGCAGGGGGGCCCGGGGCGGCCAGGGCCCACGCUCACUUCCAGGCUCGAUGGCAGCGGAGAUGAGCGACUGCGCCUCCCGCACGCGCUUCAUGGCCUCCUCGAUCUCCUUGGUGGCGGCGUCAGGCUUCAGGCCGGCGUUGAGGUUGAGUCC